ACCGACUCCUUCUCAUCCCGGGUUGGCUUUGGCGCACUGAGUAGUACAGUCCUUGGAAUGACGUCACAAAGCCCCGCUCCAGUCACAAAACUGCCCAGCCCGGGCUCAUAAAAAAAGGGCUGCGGGAGGGAGGGAGUGCCGGUUCUGCUGCUGGUUCGUGGGAGGGCAGGUAUUCGGUGCACGGAGCAACAUGACACUCCAGGCUGACUUUGAGGCUGCUGCAGAAAAGGUUAAAAAAUUAAAAUCCAAGCCCACCGAUGAUGAAUUAAAGGAAUUGUAUGGACUCUACAAACAGGCCACUGUAGGAGACAUUAACAUUGAAUGCCCUGGGAUGUUGGAUUUGAAAGGCAGAGCCAAAUGGGAGGCUUGGAAUCUGAAGAAAGGUAUAUCAAAAGAUGAUGCUAUGAAAACCUAUAUUUCUAAAGCAAAUGAAAUGAUCCAGAAAUAUGGAAUAUAGAAUUUCCUUAAAUACUUCAUCUUCAAGUAGCUCAUGGUAUUUUCAAAACUAUGUUUUUAAUGUUAAUGUUCUGGCCUAAAACUUAUUCUGUAACAAUUUCAUUUUACUCAUUAUGGCAUUAAUUGUUUACAAUACAUUUUGUAUCUUAAUACAUAACUUGUUUCCACCAGAAUUUUAGACUUAUUCCAAUGACAGUCUUGUGGUACUUUAAAGUCUCAAACAUUUAUAAUAGCAUAAUCCUUUGUGUUCACUGUCUGCUGCUUUUGAUGUUUGUGGAACAUAAUUUUGAAAGAAUAGUACUAUAAUACACGGUGAUUAUUGCUGUUAAGAGCAGUAUUUCAUAAAGUGGCAUAUUAAAUGGCAGGUGAAACUGACAAUUACAGAUUAAUUCAUUAUUAACAAAAAAGAUAUUGGAUGAAGCAUAAUUUUGCAUUUAUGAGGUUCUUAUAUGUCAGUAUGAUAAGAAAUCUUGGUCUCAAGUUUGUUUUGCAAGAAAUAUUAAGUCUGUUAAUGAUAAGCUUAACGAAUUCUAGCUGUGCCAUUUCUGUCUUUAUAAUUACACUUCUAAAGGAUAGCCAUACUGAGAGCAUGAUAGUGUUGAAAAGUUUCUCCAUUGCUCCUUUGUUGGGUCUUGUUUUUUCUUUUUGUUUCUAGAAUAGCCAAUUUGUUCAUUAUACAUUAUAGAAAAGUACAGGUAGUUCUUGACUUAAGGCCACAAAUGAGCCCAAAAUUUCUGUUGUAAUUAUUAAGCUAUUAAAGUGAGUUUUGUCCGAUUUUGCAGCCUUUGUCACAGUGUUAAGUGAAACCAUUCAGUUAGAUACGUGCUUGUUAAUGGAAUCUGGUUUCCCCAUUGACUCUACUUGUGA